GAGGAAUCAAGUACAACGCAUACUCAUAAUGUCAAUGCAAUAAUGUAACAAAAAAAGUCAAUGCUUGAUGAAGAUUGGACCAGAAUCUGUAGUUUGUGUUACACACGUUCAUUGCCUGUCCUCUCCUAUAUUUUGAAGAUAUUUUUGAGCAAAACAAACACUCCUCCAAGUUAAUCAAUCAUACUGGUUUUCCACUCUCCAUUUCAUAGCAAGAACAAGAUGGGUUCUGUUGCAAAGAAUGGACUCAACAACUACGUCAAACAGCUCCAACAACACCCUUUGAGAACCAAGGUAAUCACCGCUGGGGUAUUGUCAGGGAUCAGUGACAUUGUGUCUCAGAAGCUUACCGGUAUCCAGAGACUUCAAUUCAAACGACUUCUUCUCAAAGUGAUUUUUGGAGCUGCUUAUCUUGGACCCUUUGGACACUUCUUUCAUAUAAUGCUGGAUAAAAUUUUCAAAGGAAAGAAAGAUACAAAAACUGUGGCCAAGAAGGUUCUGAUUGAACAAUUGACAUCUUCUCCUUGGAACAAUUUGCUUUUCUUGAUUUACUACGGACUGGUUGUUGAAGGUAGACCCUGGGUGCAUGUGAAAGCUAAAGUUAAGAAGGAUUAUCCAUCAGUACAGUACACAUCAUGGACGUUCUGGCCUGUUGUGGGAUGGAUAAAUCACAAAUUCAUGCCUCUUCAUUUCCGGGUUGUUUUCCACAGCUUCAUAGCGUUUGGCUGGGGAAUAUUCUUGAACCUUCGAGCGCGAUCUAUGGUGCCUCGUUCUGUGGCGUUGACUAAAGCCUGAAGUGAAUUAGACUCCAGUUUACAGUCUUCCAAGUAGAUGCUCCUGUUUGGUAGGAGAAUAUUUACUCAAUACAGCCUGCAUCAGUUUGAAUCAAUGGAGAUUCUGAUCUGUCAUUCAAGUUAAUAUAUUGUGAUCAUUUAGUUUGUCUGUUUAUGGAGACAUGAUUAUUCGUGGUUCUGGGAAUCAAAAGUGUUUGUUGAUUUUAUCCUCCAAUAUGUAAAUGUCAAUGGAUUUAUAAUGAAGCAGUAAGUAAGCAACAUGUGCUGUUCAUAGUUCA